AUGGCUGAAGAAGAGUUCGGCAAAUUUCAAACAAAAUUACCUAUCGAUAAGGAUUGGGUUGAAGAAGAAGGCACAAAAUCGGGUUACGAAGAAUAUAGCGUUGAAGAAAGUGAAUCAGAGAAAUUUUCGAGAACAAGUUCUGCAACGUCAGGUCCCGAUUCUCAACAGCAAUCUGUAGAUAUGACAAUAAAUCCGAUCCAAAAUAUCUUGCCAUUUGAUGCAACCGAUAACAUGACAUUGGAUGAUAAAAAUGUUCUCACUAAAGAUAUGGAACAUGAAAUGGAUAUAACUAAUGAUAGAAUUUCCUUUGACGACGAUUCCAUUCCAGCACAUCUUCUGACUUUAUCACCAUCUGCCGACAUUACUUCUAAGAUUUUUGAUAAGACAGAAAAAAAUCUGUUAUCAGUGGAAAAAAUGGAACAUAUCAACACAAAUGUUAUUAGCAAUGUUGAACAAGAAAUGGAUGCUCAAAAAGUUGCCAUAAACAAAGAGUCGGAAUUUAAAUUAACUCGAGAUGAACUGGAACAUAUAGCACAUGUUUCGUACAUGGCUGAAGAAGAGUUCGGCAAAUUUCAAACAAAAUUACCUAUCGAUAAGGAUUGGGUUGAAGAAGAAGGCACAAAAUCGGGUUACGAAGAAUAUAGCGUUGAAGAAAGUGAAUCAGAGAAAUUUUCGAGAACAAGUUCUGCAACGUCAGGUCCCGAUUCUCAACAGCAAUCUGUAGAUAUGACAAUAAAUCCGAUCCAAAAUAUCUUGCCAUUUGAUGCAACCGAUAACAUGACAUUGGAUGAUAAAAAUGUUCUCACUAAAGAUAUGGAACAUGAAAUGGAUAUAACUAAUGAUAGAAUUUCCUUUGACGACGAUUCCAUUCCAGCACAUCUUCUGACUUUGUCACCAUCUGCCGACAUUACUUCUAAGAUUUUUGAUAAGACAGAAAAAAAUCUGUCAUCAGUGGAAAAAAUGGAACAUAUCAACACAAAUGUUAUUAGCAAUGUUGAACAAGAAAUGGAUGCUCAAAAAGUUGCCAUAAACAAAGAGUCGGAAUUUAAAUUAACUCGAGAUGAACUGGAACAUAUAGCACAUGUUUCGUACAUGGCUGAAGAAGAGUUCGGCAAAUUUCAAACAAAAUUACCUAUCGAUAAGGAUUGGGUUGAAGAAGAAGGCACAAAAUCGGGUUACGAAGAAUAUAGCGUUGAAGAAAGUGAAUCAGAGAAAUUUUCGAGAACAAGUUCUGCAACGUCAGGUCCCGAUUCUCAACAGCAAUCUGUAGAUAUGACAAUAAAUCCGAUCCAAAAUAUCUUGCCAUUUGAUGCAACCGAUAACAUGACAUUGGAUGAUAAAAAUGUUCUCACUAAAGAUAUGGAACAUGAAAUGGAUAUAACUAAUGAUAGAAUUUCCUUUGACGACGAUUCCAUUCCAGCACAUCUUCUGACUUUAUCAUCUGCCGAAUAUUCUAAGAUUUUUUGA